UGUCCUCAAAGAAGCAUGGCUUCAUCAGAAAAUCCAUGAAGAUAAUUGAGCUUGGUUCUAACAGCUAAUAGCUGAUCAGACCACCAUGGUGGCCUCUCUCCUUUGCACCGUCGCCGUUGCGGUUCUCGCCGUGGCAGCGGUCGGCGGCGAGGCGGGGGUGGUGGAGCACACCUUCGUGGUGCACGAGAUGAACGUGACGCACUUGUGCAACACGACCAAGAUCUUUGUGGUGAAUGGGCAGUUACCGGGCCCGACGGUGGACGUGACAGAGGGUGACACAGUGGUCAUCCACGUCGUCAACAAAAUACCACAUGGGCUUACCAUCCACUGGCACGGUGUUCGCCAAUUGAGGAGCUGCUGGGCCGAUGGGGCAGGCUUCAUCACCGAGUGCCCCAUCCCGCCUGGCAGUGAGCGCACCUACCGCUUCAAUGUUACCGACCAAGUCGGCACGCUGUGGUGGCACGCCCACGUCACCUGCCUCCGCUCCACCAUCAACGGCGCAUUCAUCAUCCGUCCCCGCGAUGGGAAGUACCCCUUCCCGACACCCGUCAAGGAUGUACCGAUCAUCAUAGGUGAAUGGUGGGAGCUCGACCUCGUUGAGCUGGACAGGAGGAUGAGGGAUGGCAACUUCGACGACAACCCGUUGUCGGCUACGAUCAACGGGAAGCUUGGCGACCUUAGCAACUGCUCCGGCAUAGUGGAGGAGAGCUUUGUUCUCAACGUGAAGCAUGGGGAGAGCUACCUUCUCCGGGUCAUCAACACUGCAUUCUUCUCCGAAUACUAUUUCAAGGUCGCCGGCCACACGUUCACGGUGGUUGGCGCUGAUGGCAACUACCUGACGCCGUUCAAGACAGACAUGGUCACCGUUGCCCCCGGCGAGGCCAUUGACGUGCUCAUGGUCGCCGACGCCCCACCAGCCCACUAUCACAUGAUCGCGUUGGCUAACCAACCACCGGAGCCAGACCCACAGAUCCCGAAGUACAUCUCUCGUGGCCUCGUCCGCUACACCGGUGUCGAUGCCAACAACAAUGGCCUACCGGUCCCAAUGCCGAUCAUGCCUAACCAACACAACACCAUGCCAUCCUACUACUUCCAUGCCAAUCUUACUGGCCUCAUGCAUCCGAAGCAUCGUCGUGUGCCCAUGCACGUCGACGAGCGUAUCUUCAUCAUCCUUGGGCUUGGUACCAUCUGUCGUGGUCGGAACACCACCUGCAAGCGGCAGCGCAGCCUGGAGACCAUCGAGGUGGCCACCAUGAACAAUGUCUCCUUCACCCACCCAAACACCACUGCGCUCCUCGAGCGCUACUACGACGGCACUCCAGAAGGCGUUUACACGGAGGACUUCCCCGUUCGGCCACCACGGCCAUACAACUACACCAACCCUGCUCUCAUCCCUCCUGGCCCUCUCGAAGAGGUGCUGGAGCCAACAUUCAAGGCGACCAAGCUGAAACGGUUCAAGGGCUUGGCAGCUUCAACGCCAAGAGGGACAUCAGGAAGUUCAACUACCACAACCCUCAGCUCAGGAACACCAUAUUGGUUCCCCGCGGUGGUUGGGCCGCCGUCCGCUUCAUCACAGACAAUCCAGGGAUGUGGUACUUGCACUGUCACUUUGAGUUCCACAUCAUUAUGGGCAUGGCGACGGCGUUCAUCGUGGAGGAUGGGCCAACACCGGAGACGAGCCUGCCUCCACCGCCGCCGGAGUUCAAGAGAUGUGAUGCCUCUUGAAACAACUUAUCCUAACAACUAUGGCAAGGACCUUCCUCCUCUUUGCCAGUAUUCACUAGAUAAUGGCAUUGCCUUUGGGGCAUUUUAUUCUUGUAUUGCAUUAGUUAAGACGUACAUGUUAAAUUCCAGCGUGCACAAGCCGGUCCAGGCCAUGUGGUCAUCAGCUUCAGGCCAAGGUCACGAAAAGCACAACUUGAUCAUCUGCAUCUUGUUAUGUACUCCCUCCGUUUUUUGUUUGAUUUUUUUUUCUUGUCAAACUUCUUUAAUUUAACCAAAUUUAUAGAAAAAUAUAUUAGUAUUUCCAACACAA